GCGGCGGUUGACACUGGGAGGGCAUCCUUUCUUGGCGGCAGUCUCGGAGGCAGGCUCGGAGGGUGCAGCGCUGGCCUCUGCCUGUGGCCCUGGCCUGGUGCUCCAGGCUGCAGCGGUGCUGAUGGAGAUGGCCCCUGGUUGUGAACAGCCUCUGGCCAUGCUGCCUGGGGUGUGGGGCUGCUGGCCUGCUGGCCUGGUGCUCCAGGCUGUAGAAGUGGCGCCGAUGGACAUGGCCCCUGGUUGUGAACAGCCUGUGGCCAUGCCGCCUGGGUUGUGGGCCUGCUGGCCUGCUGGCCUGCUGCCCAAGCCUGCUGAAGUGGAGCAGCUGGAGCUGUUGCCCCCUGGUUGUGAAGGCCUGCUUGUCCUGCUGCCUUUGGUGUCUGGCCAGCUGGGUGCUGUUGUGGGCCGG